CGCAAGCCAGACCCUCCCCGCCUACGGUCAUUUGGGUGGACGGCGGGGAGGGUCUGGUACAUUGUCUACACUAGUUUUGUUCCGAGAGCGCGCAAAGAAAAUGUUACGUAAUGUAUACGUAGAUUGUGUCAAUACACGUCAAUUGGAGAAAAAUGGCCGCAGAACAGGAGGAAGAGCUCGUCGAAGCUGCUGUUAUUAAUGCUGCCUCUGCUCUUGGGUUUUCUACACUUAAAGACGAACAAAAGUUCUGUAUUUGCGAGUUUUUGAAGGGCAGGGAUGUUUUUGCCAUUUUACCGACUGGUUUUGGGAAAACGAUAUGCUUUACAGUUUUACCAAGUGCUAUUGAUAUAUAUGAGAAGAGAAAGGACGAGGAGAAGGCUAUAAUUAUAGUAGUCAGCCCAUUGACUGCCCUAAUUAUUGAUCAGGUUGCUGAUCUUUUGCGUCGUGGAGUAUCUGCUGGCUACAUUGAUGCUGACUCAACGAAAGAAGUCAAAGAAAAUGUUGCAAAAGGAUUUUACAGCAUUUUAUUCAUGAGUCCUGAGCAAUUAGUUGAUAGAUGGCGAAAGUUAUUUGUGUCAUCAACUUAUAAGUCUCGUUUAGUCGGUGUCAUUAUUGAUGAAGCUCACUGCGUUGUGAAAUGGGGUUUGACAUUUAGAGAAUCUUUCUCAAGAAUAAAAGAAGUUAGAAGUGUAAUGGCAACAUCAAUUGGUAUCAUGGCACUGACUGCGACAGCAACCAGGUCACUGCGAUUAAAAGUUGAGGAAUUAUUAGGAAUGCGGUCACCAUCAGUAGUCAUUCGUUCACCAGACAAAAGAAACUUGAGAUUAAGUUCACUGGAGUUAAAAGGGUUGAAUAGUUUUGGAGUUCCGAAAGUUUUUGAAUAUCUUCUUGAAGAAUUGAGGGAGAAAUUGACUCGAAUGCCUAGAGUGAUGAUAUUUUGCAAAAAUAAAAGUGAUUGCCCUAAAUUAUAUGCCUUUUUCAAAGCUCAAAUGGGUAAAUACUUUAGUCAUCCACCAGGAGCUAAUCCAGAUGUUGCCCAUUGUCGUCUAGUAGACAUGUUCUUCAAAGGGACAAGUGCAGAUGUAAAGGAAAGUAUCAUAGAUAACUUUACUAAAAAAUCAUGUCUUCGUAUUGCAAUCUGUACAGAUGCAUUUGGUAUGGGUGUUAACUGUAGAGAUGUGAAGUUGAUAAUUCAUUACGGAGUUCCUAGUGACCCAGAAACGUAUGUACAGCAGAUAGGACGAGGUGGAAGGGAAGGUACCAAUUCAUAUGCUGUGGUAUUACAUUCAAAGAAGUUGCUGGAGAACUGCAACAACCAUAUGAUUACAUACGUCCAGAAUGUCACUUGUAGGCGCAAUCACUUAUUUAGAGAUUUUGAAAACACUACUCCUAGCAUCAAUGCUGGAUGCAGCUGUUGUGAUAUAUGCAUGAAAAACUGUACAUGUCAUCAUUGCAUUGAUAAAUUAUCCCAAGAUUAUUCAUUUAUUCCAGUGUUAUUUAAUCAUUAACUAUUUCAU